CUUAGACUAGACGCUACUUCUCGAUAGGAAUGUGCUGUUUUAUUCUUGACACGUCGACAUCUGUACAUUGAAAAUUUUAAAAAUAUUAACCAAAUAUAAUGCCUUUGAUAUCGUGUAUCAGUGAAAAUAUUUCAUCUUGCAAAUAAAUUGGAAUUAUAAGAUCUGAUAAUUAAAAUCAUACAUUGUGUUAUCAUAAGAAAUAUUAAUUCCAAAUAUCAAUACAAAUUUGAUAUGUUGUUCUUUAUUUAAAAUAUCUUAGAUAUGAUUUUUCUUAGAUAAUUUCUUGAAAAUAUUAUAAUUAAACAAUUGUGUGCUUUUUAUGAGCAAUGUACUAAAUGAUAUUUAAAAGGAAUGAAUUAACUGUUUAUCAAAAACUAAUGACAAUUUUUUCUAAGAAUGAAGCUUAUACAGCAUGACAUUACAUGCUAUUUAUAUAUUUUAUUUAUUAUAUCUGCCAUUGUCAAAACAUUUUCUCAAGAUUUGCCAAAUGUUCAGGAGAAACCAGUUCACUUGCCAGAAACAAAAUUUAACUUUAAUGAAUAUUCUGAAUAUCCAGAUAAUACAGAUAGAAAUUUAGGAUCUUUGGCAUCUCAAUGGAAUCAAAUACUUUCUGUUAAUCGUAAUUUACAGGCACAAAAUGUUAAUAGUAUUAACAAUGAAAAUUUAUCUGAAUCUUUAGAAACAUUAGAUCCAAAUAUAGUAUGGGAUUCUAAAUGGGGAUCUAAUUUAAAAUUGGGACAAAUAUCUGCAGUGUCAUUGGAUCCUAAUGGAAAUAUAGCGUUAUUCCAUAGAGGAAGACGAACUUGGGACCAAGAUACGUUUAACAAUGAAAAUAAAUUUGAUCCUAAUAAAGGCCCAAUAAAGGAAAAUACAAUUUUUCUUAUGGAUAAAACUGGAAAAGAAUUAUUACAAUGGGGUAAAAAUAUGUUUUAUUUACCUCAUGGAUUGACGAUAGAUUUUAAUGGAAAUUAUUGGAUUACUGAUGUUGCCUUACAUCAAGUAUUAAAAUUCGAUGCUAACGAUAUAGAGGCACAUUGGAACGAUUUAAAAAGAGAACAAUAUGAUAGAAAAUUAAUAGAGAUUGAUAAUUACGAUCGAAAUGCCUUAUUUAAACACAGUAUUAUAAAACCAUCUUUGAUUCUUGGUGAGGCUUUUGAGCCUGGUAACGAUGAAACACGAUUUUGUAAGCCAACAGCAGUUGCUGUACAAUUAAAUGGAGAUUUUUUUGUUAGCGAUGGUUAUUGUAAUUCUAGAAUUAUUAAAUUUAACAAAAAAGGUGAACGAAUUUUACCAUGGGGUCGUCAUUGGGGAGUAAGAGAAUUUGUUUAUCAACAACCACCACCACAUAAUGCAUUCUUUGUACCGCAUGCAUUAGCUUUGGCAAAUGAUCUUGAUUAUAUUUUUGUUGCUGAUAGAGAAAAUGGUAGAGUUUCUUGCUUUUUUGCUAGUAAUGGGACAUUCCAUAAAGAGUACAAACAUCCUAGCAUUGGUACUAAAAUAUACAGUGUAGCAUACGCCCAAGAACAAAUUUAUUUAAUCAAUGGACCUGAUUUAUUUGAGAAUGAUCAGCAUAUACGUGGUUUUAUCGUAGACAUCAAUUCUGGAAAUGUAUUAUCACAAUUUGCACCUACAGAAAGAUUACGUAGACCACACGAUAUAGCUGUAAACAAUGAUGGAUCAGAGAUUUACAUUGUAGACCUAGACACAUCCAAGAUAUAUAAAUUUUUACAAAAAUCAACCAGUGCUAACAAAAUAGAAAAUUCUACGCAUACAUUGAAUCAUCAUCAAACCGCACCAUUAACGGAUAUUAAUUCUCAAGAAACGUCUAAUUCAAAAACUACAAUGGCAACUUUAAUAUUGUCUCUUGUUACAACUACUGUUAUUUUUAUCACACUAUGCGUGACUACUGCUGCUGUUAUAGCGAAAUGUCAAAAAAGAGGAUGCUUGUUAAUGAUGCGCAAAAGAAUGCAUUGGCAAGCGGAAAGAAGGGAAAAGAUGAAGUUUUCAAACUUACUUGAAAAACGAAGAGGCAAGGGAUUUAAAUUUUUCGAAAAACGGCCGAACAAACGUGACUUCAGUAAAUUGAACACCGAGCCAGAAACUUCCGACGACGAACGUUCUGAGAAUAAUUUGAACAUGAUGAUAUGAAUACUUCACGUUUAUCAAAUAAUAACAUAAAAGAAAUUACUUCGACGAAGAGAAUUACUUGUGCAAAGGACAAAAAAAGAAAAUUGUUGAAAAAGAAAAAAGGAAAAAGAAAAAAGUAACAUCGAUCGUCGAAAUGUUCGAAAGAUCUAUUAUCGUCACCAAUUCGAACGAAAAUUAAUAAUCAAAAAUUUCGAAAUGUAAAAACGAUUAAUCAAAUUUCACGUAAUUCCACGUUAACGUCUAUAAAUUUCUUAAAAAUGUCAAUGAGUAUAAAAAAUUUACGACGAUCGUUGGAUAAAUCGAAAAAUUAUUAUUAUUAUUUUUGAAAAAGAAAAAAGUUGAAGCAAAAGAGAAAGAAGAAGAAAAAAAAAUAGAAGAACUUACCUCGUCCGUGAAUCACCGAGAAAAGCAAGAAAAGAAAAAAAAAAAAAGGUAGGUAGGUGUUCGAUCAUAGAGACGCGAUUUUUUGCAUUAAUUGCAAUGGAAUAACAAAUUGAUCAAAAUCGAAUAUAUUACGUAUACAUUUAAAUAUUAUAUUAUACACAUAAAGGAUUUAUUAAAUGAAAUUAAUCGAUUUAAUAAAUGUAUCGUCGUGUUAAUCGAUCGAGUCGAUCGACGAACGUGCAUUAAUUGUCGGGGUUUAAAGAACGAAGAACGAUUGCUAUAUAAGUGUGUCGAACCUAAUUGAAAAUUAAAAUACAUAACAGAAUUAAUAACAAACAUGUUCAAUGAAAACAAUCUAAUCAAUUUAAUUAACGAUAUACAAGUACACAAGUACGAAAUUGUUUAACGUUACAACGUGAAGUUAUGGUAUAUGAUAAGGUAUGAUAAUAAGCUUUUCUGUGUUUUUCUUUCAUUCUUUUUUUUCUUUUUUUUCUUUUUGUUAUAAACGUAAAAGAAAAAUGUGUUGAAUCGUAUCGACAUAACUUAAGACAUAUUGUCCGAAGACAGUCAAUAUUAUUUAAACGUAAAAUGUAACGAUCUAUCGUAUAGAUUAUAUUUGAAAUAUCGAUAUCGUUAAGAUUCGAUGUGGAAAGGAACGUGGCCAUUUUUUUUAUAAAAAAAAAAAAAAAAAAAAAAAAAAUAUCAAAACGCAAUGAUCGCCGCGAAAUAUUUAAACAAAACAAAAAGAAAACCAAUGGUUGUUCAAACGAAGCCAUUUUUCUUUCUUUUUCUCUUAUUAUACGAUCUUUUCUUUAAAGAUAUUCUUUUAACAUUAUUGACAAAUAUAAAAAUGUUCACGUACGUAAAUCCUCUUAAGGAUUAAUCCAAUUGAUCGUAAAGUGUUUACUAUGGACAGAGACAGAGAGAGAGAGAGAGAGAGAGAGAAAGAGAAAGAGAGACAUGUAUUUAUCGAAGAAAAAGAAAAAAGAAAGAAAAGAAAAAAAUAUUGUUCGAUCUUUCUUUCAGUUAAAAAAAAAAAAAAAAAAAAAAAAAAAAGAAAAAAAAAUAUUUUAAAUUCGAGUCGAUAAAAUAGCGAACUGUAGUAGAUAUGGUAGAUAACUAAUUAUCGACGUUAUUAAUGUCGAUAAAAGCGAAUUCUAUGCGAAAGGUUUUAAUAACGCGUUAAGAUCGUAUUAAACUCGAAUGAUAAUGCUUCAAUUCCGAUGAUACGAUAUUUCGAGAAGAAAAACAAAAGAAAAGAAAAGAAAAGAAAAGAGAGAAAGAAAAAAAACAAGUCUUAAAAAGGAUAUAUUCGCAGGGUACUUUUUUUAAAUCGUUAUUUUCAAUUCGAUAUUUCCGUAAAACGUUUCACUAUUUUUAUCAAUGGCUACGAAACUUAAGUGUCGUUAUAGUCGACAAUUUUUACGAGAUAUUAUUGAAAAACGUCAAGGAUUUUAAUAUAUCCUAAGACGGAAUAUUUUGAUAUAAUUUCAAAUAAUAUUUUGCAAUCGUUGAGACGAAAGAUUACCGUCGAGUAUUAACGUGUUUAAAGAAAGAAAAGAGAAAAAGAAGAAAAAAGUAAAACGCAAAAAAAAGAAAAAACAAACAAAACAAAAAAAAAAAAAGAAGAUGAAAAAUCUAUGUCACACACAGAGAUACAUAAUGAUAUAUUAUACAGUAUUAUACAGUGACAUAUCGUAUUUAAUGAUGCCAAUGACGAUAAUAGUUGUCGAAUUCUCUAUUGUCGUUUUUGAUGACUGCUUAUUUAAAUGUAGCUAAUACACACACACACACACACACACACACACACA